AUGAUGUGUAAUGAAGAACUUCUCUCUCUCUCUCUCUCUCUCUCUCUCUCUCUCUCUCUCUCUGACCACUGUGCCUGUCUCUCUCUCAUGUUGUCUUUUUCCUCUCUCUCUAUCUCAUGCUGUCUUCCUCCUCCUCUCUCUCUCUCUCAUGCUGUCUGCCUUCUCUCUCUCUCUCUCUCUCUCAUAUGCUGUCUACCUUCUCUCUCACUCUUUCCCUUCCCUCUCACACUCUUUCUUCUCUCUCUCUCUAUCUCCCUUCUCUCUGUCUCUUUCUCACACUGUCUCUUUUCUCUCUCUCUUAUGCUGUCUCUCUUCUCUCUCUCACGCACUGUAUUCCUUCUUUCUCUCACACUGUAUUCCUUUUCUCACUCUCUCUCUUUCAUGCCAAAUUCCAGCUCUCUCUCUCUUUCUCAUGAUCUCUUCUCUCUCUCUCACACAGUAUUCCUUCUCUCUAUCUCACACACUGUAUUCCUUCUCUCUCUCUCAGGCUGUAUUCCUUUUCUUUCCUUUCCAUUCUAUGUCUUCACACUCUCGUUAACAUCUUUUUUCUAUUUCAUUUCUAUCAACAUUUCUUCCCUCCUUUUUCCUUCUCACUUUGCAAUCUCUCAUCAUUUACUUAAUCUGUCCUCUUUUCUUUCCUAA